AUGAUACUGCCAUCGGUUAAAACGGCUAUGGUACUACCGUCUGCCGGUGGCUCAGCCAAACCCGGAAAAUCUGCCCGAGUCAAAGAGUUUGUCCAAGAGAAGGCUGCAAUCUGCUCUACGCCCAACAGCAAUCAAUAUGUGAUAAAAUUUCCUGGACCUCUUAAUAUUACAACAGCAAGCAACAUUGUAAGAUUCUACGGAAAUUUCACCGUCACGGAAACGAUUCAGGAGCCACUGGAGUUGGCCGUCAUACCCAACCGAUGCACGAUGGACAUGAAGACGUGCGAGCUCUUCAACAAAGUGACUUUGCCCAACGUUUGCCGGUACAUCAACGAUGAUAAAGGUCUUUGGGCUUCAUUCUUCAAAAGUAUGGAACCAGAUCUGCGCUGUCCGAUUAAACCUGGCGUCUAUAAGUUUGAAAAUUCCAUCGCCGAUCUUUCCUUUUUUGUCACAUUUCCUCUCGAGGGCUACCGCUGGCAAACUAGCGUAAAACUUUAUUCGAAGAACCAGUCGAAAAAGGAACUGUUCUGUCUUUCUUCACAGAGCUCCAUGCGAUGGGUUAAAAAACCGUAAAUGUUUAAUCCAUCGAGAUGC